CCGAGCUAACAAGCGGUCACAUGACCACAACCCGGAAGUAAUCGUCCUCCCUCCCUCGUCCAACACUUGAGAAAAGAUGAUUCGACGCGUCUUUAUCUCCGUGCUUUUAUCGUUUGGAGUUUUGGAAGUUUGGAGGCACGGUGGUGUUUUUGCCCUCGUCCAAAGUCUGGACGGUGAAUGGAACUUGUGGAACUCCAACAAGUCAUUGUCUCUCCCCGCUCGGGUGCCAGGCUGCGUCCACACGGCGCUGGAGCAGCGAGGCUUCAUACAGGAUCCUUACUUCCGCUUCAAUGACCUCCUCUACGAGUGGAUCUCUUUGGACAACUGGACCUACGCCACCACGUUUGCUGUGUCGAAACAGCUCAGGUCCAAGCGGGAAGUGCUUCUGGUGUUGGACGGCGUGGACACGGUGGCGUCCGUUUGGCUCAACGGCGUGUCGGUGGGCCGCACGGACAACAUGUUCCGCCGAUACGUCUUCCCCGUCCGAGAGCUGCUGAAGGCCGACGGGAACGCGCUGACGGUCCGCUUCCUGUCUGCCGUCGUGUACGCCGCCCAGAGGAGGAACGCUCACGCCGCCUACCCAGUUCCUCCCGAGUGUCCGCCCGACGUCCAAAAGGGACAAUGUCACGUCAAUUUCAUCAGGAAAGCCCAGAGCUCGUUCAGUUGGGACUGGGGUCCGUCCUUCCCCGGCGCCGGGCUGUGGAAAGGCGUCCGGCUGGAGGCUUUUGACCUGCUGCGCCUCGUCCACUUUGCCGCUCUUCCACUCUACGACGCCGGCGGCUCGUCGUGGUCGCUGCAGGCGGACGCCCUGGUGGACGCGCUCCAGCCCGCGUUCGCCCAAAUUACGCUGGACGUGCCGGAGCUGCUCUCCCGCGCCACCUUCCCGACAAACUUCCUCCAGGGGGCUGCCAAAUACACCUUUGCCCUAAACAUCAACGCGAGCAGCGACGUGAAGCUGUGGUGGCCCAACGGUCUCGGCGGACAAACGUCCUACCGCCUCCUCGUCACGGCGCGCUCGCGGGACGGAAAAUCGCUGCUCGACGUGAAGUCGAAGGUGUAUUUCCGCAGCGUGGAGCUGGUCCAGGAACCCGUCGGCGGGUCGGCGGGUCUGAGCUUUUACUUCCGCAUCAACGGGAAGCCGGUUUUCCUUAAAGGCUCAAACUGGAUCCCGGCGCACUCCUUCCAGGACCGAGUCACGCCUCACGUCCUGAGGAACUUGCUGCAGUCGGCGGUGGACGCUAACAUGAACGUCCUCCGCGUUUGGGGCGGCGGCAUCUACGAGCAAGACGCCUUCUACGACAUGUGCGAUGAAAUGGGACUCAUGGUGUGGCAGGAUUUCAUGUUCGCUUGCGCCACGUAUCCCACGGAGGACGACUUCGUACGCAGCGUGAGGGAAGAGGUUUCUCAGCAGGUUUGGCGUCUGAAGUCUCACCCGUCCAUCAUCUUGUGGAGCGCAAACAACGAAAACGAAGCGGCGCUGGCCACCGACUGGUUCCACAUCCCCCACUGGCGGCGGCCCGUCUACCUCAAAGAUUACGUCACGCUCUACGUGGACAACAUCAUGGCCCUCGUGAAGCAGGAGGAUCCCGGUCGGCCGUUCCUCGUGUCCAGUCCGACGAACGGCGCCGAGUCGGAGCGGGAGGGCUACGUGGCCGGCGACCCGUACGACCCGCGCUACGGCGACACGCACUUCUACAGCUACGUGGACGACUGCUGGGACUGGCGCGCCUUCCCCCGCGCCCGCUUCGUCUCCGAGUACGGCUUCCAGUCGUGGCCGUCGCUCUCCACGCUGUGGCCGGUGUCCGCGGCGGCCGACCGGCGCUCGAGCAGCCGCUUCGCUUCCCACCGUCAGCGCCACCCGGACGGAAACCAGCAGAUGCUGAAGCAGGCCGCCGUUCACUUCCGCCUGCCCGACGCCAGCGACCCCCUCGCCGGGUUCGCGCACACCAUCUACCUCACGCAGGUGAUGCAGGCGCAGUGCGUGAAGGCUCAGACGGAAUUUUACCGGCGUAGCCGCAGCGAGCUGGCGGGCGGCCUGGGCAACACCAUGGGCGCCCUCUACUGGCAACUCAACGACAUUUGGCAGGCGCCCUCCUGGUCGUCCAUCGAGUUCGGCGGCAAGUGGAAGAUGUUGCAUUAUUUGGCCGCCGACUUCUUCGCCGACGUCCUGCCCGUCGCCUUCGAGGACGACGACGACACGCUGCUCAUCUACGCCGUGUCCGACCUGAGCCGAGACCUAAAACUCCGAGUCGUGGUGUCGGUACACGCCUGGAGCGAGCUGGACCCGGUUUGCACGCUGACGUCCGAGCCCGCGACCGUCCCGGGAGGAAGCGCCGUGCCCCUUUUCAAACGCCGCGUCACCGCCCUGCUGGCGGGAUGCGGACGCUGCGACCGCCUCGCCUGCCUGCUGGCCUUCCGCCUGGAGGACGGCGACGGCGCUCGGCGCGGUCCCGCCAACCACCACUUCCUGUGCUCGCCCAAAGACGCCGUGGGGCUGCGGCCGGCAAACAUCACAGCCAAAGUGCGCGAGGACGAGAGGGGAUUGGCGGUGGAUCUCCAGACGUCGGCCGUGGCGCCUUUCGUGUGGCUGGACGCGGGCGCCCUCCCCGGACGCUUCGACGCCAACGGCUUCCUGAUGCUCUCCCGGGAGCGGACGGUGGCGUUCCACGCCGGGGGGAACACGAGCGCGGCCGAACUCUCCCGAGCGCUCGCCGUCACGUCGCUGAGCGACCUUUACGCGCCUUAAAUCGCCCUCGGCCUCGCGGCCGGCCGCUCGUAAGUUGAGCGGCACGACCCGGGAUCGCGCCGACUCCGAACAUGUAAGAAAGGCCGCUCGUCGUUUCUAUUCUACUGUAAAUGUCUCACGCUCAAUAUGCAAAAGGAUGGAUUUGUUGUUGCGAUCAUUUCUUUUCAAGAAAAUGUUAUAUCAAUAUGGGUCAUAAUAAUGGCUGCUUGGAGAAAAUAAAUUGUGCCCAUCAGCCUUGG